UCACCUAAACAAAUCAAUAACUGCCACACUAAAACAAACAGCAAUAACAAAACAGAGAAAAAAAUGAGUACUACUACAGCAACUAUCUCAUCGGGAACCUGCAAUUCUUUCUUGAAACCCAAUUUUUCCACUAAAACAUCCUCACUCCAUCCAUGCUCUCACCUUUCCUUCACUACCCAUCUCCCCAAGUCAAGAUUUCCGCUCAAAACCGCCACCAUUCCGUCGAUCAAGGCCUCCGCCACGGCGGUUUCCGAUAGCAUUUACGUGGAAAACAGCCAGAGCUUUUAUAGCUUGUUAGGAAUUUCGGAAACCGGAACACACGCAGAAAUCAAGAAAGCGUACAAGCAACUGGCGAGGAAGUAUCAUCCCGACGUGUCGCCCCCGGGACGAAAAGAAGAGUAUACAAAGAGGUUUAUUGAGGUUCAGGAGGCUUAUGAGACAUUGUCUGACCCUGAAAGAAGGGCUUUGUAUGAUAGAGAUAUGAGCUGCAUAGGAAAUAGUGGCUUUAACACUGUUUUCUCGGGCGGAAAACGAUACCGAUCGGGCUUGUACCGUGAAGAUGGAUUGGAGUGGGAACGAAGAUGGCAAUCUCAGCUUGAGGAGCUAAUAAGGAAAAGUAAUAGUAAUAUUGAUAUGGGGAAUAUGAGCUGGGGAGCUAAAAUGAGAAGCCAAAGAAGUUGAGUAACUAAUUAGCCAGGAGUUUUUUCGACAAUAGUAAAACUAGGUAGUUAAUUAUGGCGCAAAUGCCGGUGCUCUUGUAGCACAGUGGUAAUAGUCACAGACAUUUUGAUAAGAGGUCUCAUGUUCGAGUCUUACUUCCCUUCUCUAAUUAUCAAAAAAAUUAUGGCCCUAACGGCUGAAUCAAUUGAUGUCUAUUUUAUAUAGAAUUGAUCCUAUUGGAAAUUCUGUAGUGGAGAAAAUUUUGUAUAUAGGUAAUGGAUUAAUGUACAAAUUACGGAAAUUUUCUCUUUAUUCCAA